GUGGCUCGUGCGGCACGGUUCAUGCUUCAUGCCAUCCGUCAGCAGAGACAUACAUCAACAGGUCCUCCGAUCGCCGUGUUUGCCAUCGCCGGCUGUGGGGCAGACCUCUUAAUUAACAUCUGUCUGACCUUAUUGGGCUAUAUCCCUGGUCACGUCCAUGCCUUCUAUCUCGAAUAUGUCUACUACGACCGACGGGAGCGGUUGAGACAAGGCUCCAUCGUCACCGACCGCGCUCCUGGCGUUUAUAGCCAGAAUGUCCAAAACGGCGGAAACCCGCACGGCUAUGGUACCAUUGUGCAGCCGAACGCUUCCAAGCCACACGGUAUCCGCCAAGGCCUGGCCGACUCUUCGAACUCGCUCCUCCACGACGAGGACGAUGCCUGGCCAGUGAUCCCGGAGCAGCCUGCCAGACAGGCAUCUUUACCCCUUCGGGUAUCUCCUCAUCAAGGUCCUAACCAAGGUACUCACCAACCUCGUGCUCCCUCUUCCUCAUAUUCUGCAUCCUCUCCAUCUUUGCCCCCUCUGUCCCGUCCGGCAGCUCCUUUACCUCCUCGUCUGUCCAAGACUCCGCCUUCUUCGGACUCUGGCCUCGUUGUUAGUGGGCGCUCCCGUAGGAAGAGACAGCGGCCCAACGCGAUUCCAAUCUCAUUUCCGCGUUUCUUCCUUCAGUCUAGGCAAACCGCAGUCUCCGCCAUUCCCUCUACCGCCGAGGGAAAACCCUUUCCUCUCCAUGACACUUCGGCCCGGCAGAAACUGGCAAGCACAUGUCCAGCCGCCUCACCUAGUAAUCAUCGCUACGCCAAGAGCACAGGCGCCGAAAGCAGAACCUAUUCGAAACCCGUGCUGGUAAGGACUCGCAGUUCUAUCGUACCCCAGUACCGACGGGGAACUAGUAGUCUCGCAGACUCUAGUCGUGUUCCUCCUUCUCAAUCUCCGCAAAUCGAGGCCGAUCUUCGCAGUGGACAGACUGACCUUGGUACGGAAUACAACCGGAACGAAGGAUCUAGCCCUCACAGUAAUCAGGAUGCGAACGGGAGAAAGGCAAGGAACAAGAUGUCGACAUCAGACCAGCCCGAAAAUGGCUUCAGCUCUCUGCCUUUACUAUGGGAGCGACGGUCAACAUCGUCUCGUCCGAUCGUUGUCACGUCUAGGAAUGGAAAGCCCAAGAAACUGCCGCCAAUGGAUGCCUUUUCGUUCAAGAGCUUCAUGGCCGACAUGCAGGCCCAGGGUGGUGACAACAAUAUAGGAGCCGACCUUGACCGUAUUGCCGAGAUAUGUGCACGAUCCCGGUACUCGCUGAGUAACCAGUACGAGGUUCAUAUGGCACCCCACGGCUCAGGUGCUUCCCUCGUCUGCCCGACGAGCGGAACAGCGCCAUCUUCCUCGGGCGCAGUGUCGAGACGGAGGGAUAAUGGCCCUUACAAUUCCAGUCAAAGUGCUAGAGCAGGUCCUACAUUACAGGCGAUUGUCCCUGAUGAAGAGGAAGGUGGUGCCCGAAGGAGGCGGAGAGGGCCAGGGACUGGAGGGAGGAGGACCAAGAGCAUUGCCUACGGGACUUUGGAGACAAUCAUGUCCUCUAGCCGCUCGUCGGAAGAGGACAAGUCAUCGAAAAAGCCAGCCGCUGAAAUAGCGGGAGAAGUUCGUGGAAGGAUCGAAAAACGGCACAGUAACUUGGGAUUUUCUGAACCUGGUGCAGGGUCAAGCGCUGCUACCACUACGAAUCAUGACACUGAGCAUACGACGAGUGACCAUGGCUUGGACGUGGAAGAUAGCCACCGAAAGUCAGGGGAAGCCGCCACGGCGUCAGCAGCAGCUAAACUGGCCAGGAAGAAAUCAGCGUCCUUCGCUACGGCAGUCAUGGACAGUCACACCAGAAGCAGCGCCGGACAACUCCAGCGGUAUGAGAGUACUUGUGCACUAGUCAGCGAGCCAGCCCUGCCGCAGACAUCGGACAGCCACCUGGGGGUAAGGACCGCGGCUGGUCCCACUGCUACUAGCGAUAACAACAUCACCAGGACCUCGAAUCUUACGCGCUCCGUCAGUGACGUACCAUACCGGACUUCCAGGAAUGCGAGCUGGAAUGCCUGGAUUCCGUGGAAGGGGGGCAGUGGUGGUGCUCGAUCGCAACAGCAGCAGCAAGAGCAGGUUGUGAGGAGUGAGACGGAGGAGCUGAUAUCGACGAUGAGUGCGGAUUUACAAGAACCUCGAAGAGUCGUCAGCCAUGCGGAAGGAAGUCUGAGGCGGAUUCUGAGGUCUCGGUGA